AUGGCUUCCUGUAAACCCCUCGCUUGCAGUGUCUUGGCCUUGUUCUUUGCUGCAAGCAUGGUUUCAGCUCAGCUUACUGCAAAUUUCUAUGACAAGUCAUGCCCAAAUGCAUUGAACACCAUCAAAACAGCACUUGGAGGACCUACUUGGUCUGUCAAUCUGGGAAGGCGUGACUCAUUGACAGCAAGCCUAGAUGCUGCAAACAACGACAUCCCAGCACCAACUCUUGACCUCACUGAUCUCACCAAGUCCUUCUCAAACAAAGAACUGAGUGCAACUGACAUGAUUGCACUCUCAGGAGGUCACACCAUUGGGCAAGCAAGAUGUGUCAACUUCCGCAACCGCAUAUACAGUGAAGCUAACAUCGACACGUCCCUUGCGACAUCACUGAAAACAAAUUGUCCCAACAAGACUGGUGACAAUAACAUUUCCCCCCUUGAUGCCUCGACACCCUAUGUUUUUGACAACUUCUACUACAAGAACUUGCUGAACAAGAAGGGGGUUCUGCAUUCUGACCAGCAACUGUUCAAUGGAGGUUCAGCAGACUCCCAGACUACGACCUACUCUUCAAACAUGGCAAAAUUCUUCACUGAUUUCAGCGCGGCGAUGGUGAAGAUGAGCAACAUUAGUCCCCUCACUGGAUCCAGUGGACAGAUAAGGAAAAACUGCAGGACGGUAAACUAG